UGGCUUCUCCCUGCCAGCCCGACCCGAGGUGUUUUCUGCUCACCUACCGCUGAUGGCUGCCCUGCCUGGCACAAUACCAAGAAUGAUGCGCCCGGCUCCAGGUCAGAACUACCCCCGCACUGGAUUCCCUCUGGAAGUGUCCACUCCUCUGGGUCAAGGUCGGGUGAACCAGCUCGGUGGGGUGUUCAUCAAUGGCCGACCUCUGCCCAACCACAUCCGACACAAGAUCGUAGAGAUGGCCCACCAUGGCAUCAGACCCUGCGUCAUCUCCCGCCAGCUGAGGGUCUCCCAUGGCUGUGUGUCCAAAAUCCUGUGCCGCUACCAGGAGACGGGCUCCAUCCGGCCCGGGGCCAUCGGGGGCAGCAAGCCCAGGCAGGUUGCCACUCCCGACGUGGAGAAGAAGAUCGAGGAGUACAAGCGGGAGAACCCCGGGAUGUUCAGCUGGGAGAUCCGGGACCGGCUGCUGAAGGACGGUCACUGUGACCGCAGCUCUGUGCCCUCAGGUUUAGUGAGCUCGAUUAGCCGGGUCCUGCGAAUAAAGUUCGGGAAAAAGGAGGAAGAUGACGAAUGUGACAAGAAGGAGGAGGACGGGGACAAGAAAACCAAACACAGCAUCGAUGGCAUCCUGGGCGACAAAGGGAAUCGUCUGGAUGAAGGAUCAGACGUGGAAUCGGAACCAGAUCUUCCACUGAAAAGAAAGCAGCGACGUAGUCGUACAACCUUUACAGCAGAACAGCUAGAGGAGCUGGAGAAGGCCUUUGAGAGGACACACUACCCAGAUAUAUACACCCGCGAGGAACUGGCACAGAGGACCAAGCUUACCGAGGCCAGAGUACAGGUCUGGUUCAGUAACAGAAGAGCACGGUGGCGUAAACAGGCAGGAGCCAAUCAGCUUGCGGCAUUUAACCACCUGUUGCCAGGAGGCUUUCCUCCCACAGGGAUGCCAACACUGCCACCCUAUCAGCUGCCAGAUACAUCGUACCAAACAGCCGGCCUCUCUCAAGAUGGUGGGAGCACACUCCACAGACCCCAGCCUCUUCCUCCAUCUUCCAUGCACCAAGGGGGUCUAUCAGCUGCAUCUGCAGACGCUGGCACAUAUGGAGCCAGACACAGCUUCUCCACUUACUCUGACAGCUUUAUGAACCCUGGUGGACCGUCCAAUCACAUGAAUCCGGUCAGCAAUGGCCUCUCCCCCCAGGUUAUGAGCAUUCUAAGCAGUCAAGGCGGUGUGGGCCCUCAGAGCCAGUCGGAAUUUUCCAUCUCUCCUCUUCAUGGCGGCCUGGAGACCACCAAUUCCCUGUCGGCAAGCUGCAGCCAGCGCAGUGAUUCCAUCAAGUCUGUGGACAGCCUCCCCACAUCUCAGUCCUACUGCGCCCCAACCUACAGCACGACGGGAUACAGCAUGGACCCCGUGGCAAGCUACCAGUAUGGACAAUAUGGACAAUCCGCUGUCGACUAUUUGGCUAAAAAUGUCAGCCUGUCCACACAGCGCCGUAUGAAGCUCGGCGAACACUCAGCUGUUUUGGGCCUGUUACCUGUCGAGACUGGACAAGCGUACUGAAGAGCUCCCGCGAUCGUGACCCGUGCCAGAGGGCUGUUUUGUUCACCUCCCACUAAACAUUUGUGCCCAUUCACUGCUCUCAUAUCCUCUGGGACCAAUCAAUAAAUGCCGAUACUCUGCACUCAACCUUGCAAUGCUCGCAGCCAGACACGUGCUGGCG